AUGCUGGCUCGAAGCCUGAUCCCGCUGCUCUCGGCAGUGAACUUCCACGCCUUAGAGAGUGCAGCUCCCGUUCGACGACUCGCACACCACUCCUGUCAAGGAUACGAUGAAGAGGUGGGCGGGUGUGAGGAACUGCCAGCUUGCUCGGUAUGUCAGCCACAAGACUGCGUUUUCUCUCCAUGGAAUUCCUGGUAUGAUGCGGGCGGAUGUAUUGGCUUGAAGUUCCGGGAAAGGUCGAAAGCCGCCUCCAACAAUGAGUGUGGCGAGCCGUGCAGUGGAGCCCUGUUGGAAUCGGAAUCCUUCGUCCAAGACAAGUGUGUCAAGAAGGUCACCGACUGCAUGUUCGGUGUAUGGUCAGAAUGGACUCUAUGCCACAGCUCAGCGGACCAGUCUGUAAGAUCAAGAUCCAUCGUCCAGCAGCCAACUGACACAGGUAGACCGUGUGAGGGUCCUACCAAGGAAACAAGGCCCUGUGGAGCGAGCAAGCAGCCAACCGCAUGCCAGUUCAGCCCAUGGCGGGAAUGGACCACUUGCAGCUCUACUUGUGGGGAAGGCCGUCAUACCCGGCUGCGGAGGAUUGAUCAGGAGGCGCUGCAUGGUGGCGAGAUUUGUGUGGGCGUUUUGUUAGAGACGGUGCCCUGUUCUCUGCCUCCCUGUGGUCGCAGCGACUGCCGCGUCACCACAUGGUCAUCGUGGAGCGACUGUGCAGAGGAGGGACAAACACAACGCCUUCGGAGACGGACAGUUCAGCAAAUGCCAGCCGGAGGAGGCCUUGUCUGUCCCACAGAGUUGGUGGUGACGGCCGGGUGUCCUGCUGCACCGCCACAGAACUGCUCCCUGACAGAAUGGACGCCAUGGACAGCUUGCGACAAAACGUGCGAUGGUGGUCAGUCAUACCGUGAGCGGCAGCUGAACCAGCCCAGCAGCGCCAAGGGCUUUUGUCCAGCAAGUGUGAUGAAGGAGAGCAUCCAGUGCAACACGGCACCAUGCUACAAUCCGAAGGAGCACGACUGCAUCCUGGGCGAGUGGGAUGAUUGGACUUCCUGUUCGGCCCAGUGCGGAAAAGGCCAAAAACAUCGGGUGCGCAGGGUGACGCGACCUGCUACGAGUAGAGGAAGAGGCUGUGAAGGGCCAAUGUCGGAGCUCUUCCCUUGCGAGGACACACAAUGCCAUCAGCAGGACUGCCGAUGGAGUGACUGGGAAGAGUGGUCGGACUGCUCCUGCACCUGCGGGGGAGGUGUGAAAAAGCGCAACCGUGUCAUCGCUGUAUCCCCUCGACAUGGCGGUAAGCUUUGCCCGCCAGAAGUCAAAAGCGAGAUCUCGCCCUGCAACACCCAUCUUUGUGAUCGAGGGUGUGUUGAUGCAGUUUGGGCACCGUGGCAGGAGUGGUCCAAGUGCUCUGCGUCAUGCUCUGAGGGCUAUCGCUCACGUUCUCGUCUGAUUGAGGUCGAGGCCAACCAUUGUGGGUUGCCAGUUGGUGGACUUCGUGAGCAAUUCGAAAGCUGCACCGCUGCGCAGCCUUGCGUCAGUGACCGGGAUUGCCAACUUACGAUGUGGGCCAGCUGGUCAAAGUGCAGCUGUUCCUGCUUUGGAAUCCGGGAACGAACCCGCAACAUCAAGGACUUUGCCUCAGGGAAUGGAAAGCCAUGUGAUGGGCUUGCGCUGAAGGUUAUAGAAGCCUGCAACGACGAUGAUGAUGAUCCCGCAUCGCAGGCUUGCGGCGAACCGCUGCCACAGGAUUGUCAACUCAGCGAAUGGAGUGAGUGGUCAAAGUGCAGCUUAAGCUGUGGCGGCGGCCAGAAGGAGCGCAGGCGUGAGGUUCAACGAGAACCGGCCAAGGGAGGGAAGGCGUGCGACAAUUCGCUGAGCGUCACCGCGCCUUGCAACACGCAGCUCUGCCAGCCCGUGGUUUGCUUGGACUGCCAAUGGGGUGCGUGGUCCGACUGGGGCGACUGUUCGAGGUGUGGGGGCCAGCGCUUCCGCCAUCGUGCCAUCAUGAAGAUGCCCAACGAGUGCGGGAAAGUGUGUCAUCCGCGCAGUGCGCGAGAAGUGUCCGCUUGCAGCAGCCAUUGCGAAACGACCAAGUAUUGUGCAUGGUCGUCAUGGACGAGUACAAGCUCUUGUAAUACAGGAUGCGGAGCCUCCGCUGUUGUCAGGAAUCGAGUGAUGGCGCUUGUUGAUGCACCAGGGCCCGAGUUCUUCUUCAAGGGUCUGGCGACUUCGAGCUGUUCUGCAACACAGCUCAAUGUCAGUGCAUGUCCUCCGUCGCCAGAGUGUCAGCCGAAGUGUCAGCCAAGGAACUGUGAGUUUGGAUCCUGGAGCGAGUGGAACCAGCCGAGUUGCGUUGGGUUAUGUGAACGGCACCGGACUGUCUUGGCAAUGAACAACGAAUGUGGCACUCCGUGCAUGGGAGCAUUGCAAGAGACGAAGCAUUGUGAAGCUGAUUGCCAAAUACCGCAAAACUGCAAGCUCUCCAUGUGGUCCAGCUGGUCAGGAUGCGAAGAGGCAGGACAAGCCGGCAACGACGUGGCAGCCCUGCAGAAGUUCCGUGAGCGACAGGUUCUGAGCAAGCCCAAGAAUGGUGGUGUGCCAUGUGAAGGAAGCCUUCGGGAGACAACUACUUGCAAAGAAUCAUCUGAGGACACGGACUGCAUCCUGUCUAAGUGGAGCAGCUGGGGAGUGUGCAGCCACUCGUGCGGUCGCGGAUGGAAGAUGCGGAGCCGGCAGGUAAUGAUCCCUGCCCAGGGCAACGGGCAGCAGUGCACCGGGCCCUUGCAGGAGAUUGGAGGUUGUGGCACUGACCCGCUUGAUAUGACGAAGCCCGACAAGGCCUGUGGCUCGAGUCAUGACUGCGAGUUCGAAUCGUGGACGGAGUGGUCCGGUCUUGACGGGGACAACCAGAGGUUUCGAACCAGAAAGGUGGCAGUUCCUGCUUCCGGUGGUGGAACUCCUUGCAACGGGCCGCUGCAUGAAACGGAAACGGGGCACGAAGAGAAGGUUGACUGCCAAAUGUCAUCAUGGACUUCCUGGUCCGUAUGUGACCGGACCUGCGGAGGUGGCCAGUCGCAAAGGCAGCGUCAGGUCGAGAGGUUUCCAAAGAACAAUGGGGCGACCUGUCCACAAGAACUACUUCAAACCCGUGGCUGUACGUUGCAGGCCUGUGAAUCCAAGGAUGCCGAGAUCAGUGACUGGACGGAUUGGAGCCAAUGCUCCACGACGUGUGGUCCCGCGAACCAGGCGCGCAAGCGGCAGGUUCUAGCCCUUCGCGGUGAGGGGGGAGAAGGCAUCACUGCCGACCUGGCACAGACAAGACCUUGUGCUAACAACCUACCCUGUGAGAAGUAUGACUGCGAGUGGCAUCACUGGUCGGAUUGGAGCGACUGCACCUGCACUUGUGGGGGUGGCCAGAGGACACGAGACCGAUCCGUUCGCCGAAUGCCCAGUCAUGGUGGCGAACCUUGCCAAGCCAAGGACAAGGAGGAGAUCGAGCCCUGCAACAUGCAGAAAUGUCAUGAAGACCACUGCAUUGACGGCGAGUUUGGAGCGUGGUCUAAUUGGGGCAUGUGCUCUGCCUCCUGUGGCGGAGGAGUCUCGUUUAGGCACAGGGCCAUCGUGCAGGAUGCCAACGAGUGUGGCAAGGAACCUGCCGGGAAGGCUCGCCAGACGAGGUUCUGCAACACGGACGUGGACUGCGAAGCGCCGGUAGACUGCCUCUUUGCAUCGUGGUCUCAGUGGACCCCUUGCACCCGUACUUGCGACGGUUUACAGCGCCGCAACAGGCGUGUCGACAGAUUUGGUCGCGGCAAGGGCAAGUGGUGUGUUGGAAACCUGAAAGAAACAAGGACUUGCAAUCCGGUUGUUGGCGAUGCCACGCCAGCAGGAUGCUCCACGGGUCCCAUUGCCGAUUGUCGAUUCUCCAUGUGGGGCGUCUGGUCGGUCUGCAGCGCCACAUGCGACGGUGGCAUGCAUACACGUUCGAGGACCAUUGUGUCAGAAGCUGCAAACGGGGGCCAGGCUUGCGAAGGUCCGAUGACCCAAGUCCGCGAAUGCAGUCGCAACGAAUGCGUAUUGCCUCCUCCAAGAGACUGCAAAUUGGGUGACUGGCGUGAAUGGGGUGCCUGUGGAAAGUGCAAUGGCCAACGCUUCCGCAGCCGGAAUAUCAUACAAUAUGCCGAGAAUGGUGGGCUGAACUGUGACGAUGCAGACACGCAAGAGGCCACAUCAUGUCCGAGACAAUGCCAUGAACCAUCCUAUUGCGUAUGGUCGGACUGGGAAGCCUGGAGCAGAUGCUCAGUGAGAUGCGGCACCGGCGGAAAGCGAAGCAGAAGACGAUGGUUGGAAAUCACCAGCGACAAGUCACGGGCGCUGGACGUUCUUCCUCCCGUGGAGGACCUUCUGCAGAAGUACUCCAGGAGGCUGGUGCUUCUGCUCGUGGCUGAGCAGGCUCUUAUCGCCGAUUGGCGGUCAGAGAUCCUAGGGGCUUCAGAUUUGGAGGUAGACGACAAGAGCUGGUCGGAUGUGACCCAGUCGGCAGCUCUGGAAAGAUGGAAGGUCCUACUCCUUUCGUCCGGGGAUGCCACGGCUCUAGGCAACAUCGACUUUGAGGACUCGCGCUGCUUCUCUGCUGAUGUUUUGCCGAUGGAGGGCCGCUGUGAAAUUUCUCGAAUGGUUCGCAGCCACACAAGGCUGCGCUGGGGAGACUCGCAAUACUGUGCAUUUGAGCCUUUUCUUGACAUGAGCGAUGGAAAAGGAUUUGUGGAGGCCUCGCUUUACAAUCACAAGACCGCUCAGAGAGAUUGGGCCGGAUCCGUGAAGGUCUGGUUGCCACGCGAGGGGCGGCCACGUGGCUGGGGGGAGAUCUUCCGCUUGUAUGACAUUGAGCCUUUGGGACCGGGGGGGGGCACCCGGUCUUUCAAGCCUACAGUCCUGUCGUGGAUGACCAAAGCGGGAGCCCCUCAGGGUGUGCAGAGGCUGGCCGGUUACCACGUAGAGCCCGGGGCGAAGAAUCCUUUGGAGUACGGACGUGACGCGAUGUCUCCUGUCCUGGGUUACGUGGAGGGUCUCAUCGAGGCCAUUGCCCGGGGCUUCUUCUUCAACCCGGACCUCACACGGUCUGGGCGAUGGGUUGGCUGCCGGUCUCUCGAGGAUGCACUUAGGAAAGCCUAUGAGGAGCCGGGCGCGCCGGAGGGUCUUGAUCGUCAACAAGAAGUGGAAAGAGACUCCGACGAGGCUGGGGCACCUGUGGAUGAUUGGGACGCUGUUGCUCCUGAAGCUCUCUUUCCGAGCGACAACGAGUUGGCUGUCGAUCCAGAGUGUCGGGAUGCCGACUCGGAUUCCGAGUCCUCCUCUCGUUCUUUGCAGGAUGAAGAGGAGUCCGAUGACGCAGAGCGCAUGGCCGAGAUUGCGGGGUCUCAGGUGGCCGAGGCUAUCGACGGCGAGGCUGAGGCUCAAGUGGGAUCUUUCUUUAGGCAUGUCGUCAGCGGAGUUCUGCACCGAGUGCGAAUUUUGAAUCCAGAUUCUGAAGGCGAAGCGACCGUCUUCUUUUGUGGCCGACAGGCAAAUGCUAACUACGUGGAAACUAAGGAGUGUUCCAUGUACGAGCCUCGCAAAUGUGCAAGGUGCGGGCCAGUGCCACGUAGUGUUGGUAAUGCUCUGCUACAGGUCUGCGCCAUGGCGGUCUUCGCAUCGAGAUGUGCCAAAGUCGGCCUGUCUAGCGAGGCGGUGGCUGCUCUUAAGGCCAAGGGCUGGGGAACCUACGCCAAUUUUGCAUUUUCCACUGCCGUGAUUCCGGGGCAGGGAGAUGACAGCAUCUUUGUGCGGGAUGUGAUUACGGUGAUUCUGGGGAGUGCGGAACAUGCCUCAGGGGCGGCCCUCAGACGACUUCAUUUUGAGAGUUACACUCUCACUGCUGCCGAGCUCAAGCGGCAAACGGAGACCAGUGAGGGCGACGUCCCUCGGAAGCUCCCCCCUGCUGAAAUCGCCAGUCGCAUUGAUGCCUUGCAAGCAAAAGUGCUCCCGCUACGGAUUGAAGACAGCCUUGAACCGUCCCAUGCUGUGGUAAAUUUGGUAUGCCAGUGCGUGGAGGACCAAAGGGUGAGGUACAUCGAGCUGUGCCGAGUGACGACUAGGAAUCAGGAAGUGAAUUCCUUGAAGGAAGUGCCCUCCUUGCAUAUGCUCCAGCCGGACCGUUCGGGGGUGCUGAAAGCAGUAGCCUCCUACGAUUCUUUGCGCACCAGAGUGGACACCGAGCUGGAAGUCUUCCAGGCCUUGCGGCGCCGGGGCAUCGCUUAUGAGCUUGGAGGUUACAUGUCGUUCUCAGCUCAUGAGACCUUAGUGUGCUUCCUGAUUCGCGAGUUGCAGAAGGAUCCCUUGCCGGGCUUCGGGCGGGUUACUCUGAAUCAGCUUCAGGCGGCCGAUCGGGAGACCCAUGUACAGCUGGCGAGGCUUACAAGGGCGGGCUUUGCAACUCCAGGUCCGGGCAAGUUGCCGCUGGACGACCAUCUAGCAAAAGUGCUCGAGAUGGCGCCGAUUCAUUGGAUCCUGAUGCCUGCGAGGCUGGGGGGCAAGAGUGCUCGCCCGGGGGUCGAGGAUCUUGAGUCGUCGGGAGAUGCAGCCGCAGCCCAGAAGCCAAGCAAGAAGGACAAGAAGAAGGCAGCCAAAGAGGCUGCCGAGGUGUCGCCUCCGCCUCCUCCCCCUCCGCCAGAGGGCCAGCCUGAUCGCAAGAAGAUGCGUGGGGCUAUGCCUCAAGGCCUUCGGUGGGGCGUGCCGCGCACCAAGGCCAACGAGGCAAUUUGCUAUGGACACAACCUCGGCACCUGCAGUCACACCGGCGAGCGAUGUGACAAAGACCUCCUCGCCAAGGCGGCAUUUCUCCUUGCAGUUUUGAUGACAUUGGGCAUUCGCCUACAGAUUUUCCAGCCAGGUGCGCCGUGCCGACGUGGUUUGGUUAUCCCCGGCCUGUGGCACCGGCUCUCGAGCCCGCGACAUUCCAAUCCGCCCGCCGCCGGGCUCAUCCUGUACUCUCAAGGCGUUGAGGGCAGACGUGUGCGGUUGUCCAACCAGCUCUACAUGUUCGUUUCGCAGGCUAAGUGUGACAAUGCACACCCUCACACGCCCUGGGGUGUCACGAAAUCUCGCGGUCAGUGGGACUUCCAAACCAACGGGACGGCGGAGUAUCCUGCCCUCUUCUGUCGCGCUGCGGCGUCUGACUUGAUGGAUCUUUGUGCAACGUUCAACGCUUUCCCACUGAAGCAUGUUCCUACAGAAGCCUUCGAAGUUGCUGCAGCCACGGGGCGCCAGCCAAGGGGUGUCUCUCUUCAGGUGGGACCUUCCGAGUUUGGGUCCACAUGUGGGAUGACAGUGCCUUUGUCUGUGUCGGUGCCCGAGGUUAUCGAUGAGGCCGCCCCGUGGCCCUUGCAAGGUUUGCCUACUGGUUCUCGUUUGCUUAGUUCACGGACUUUAGAAGCCGAAGGGGGAGCUGAGGGCGUCCGCGAGGUCAAGUUCGGGAUUUUUCGAACACCCGAAGCCUUUCUUGCUGAGGCUCUGAAAACGCGACAUCCCUUUGACGAGCCGUCGACUUCAGACAUGGGUAAUGUGCGUGCAAUGCAGGUCAUUUUGGAACAAGGUGUAGAAGGAGUCCAGGGACUUCGCGCCAACACUUUAGCUUACUACCGGAGCCGUGAGGUGGCUCUGAGGGCGGAUGAGGAGGCUCUCAAAGCCACUAUGGAUCCUGAGGUGCGCGAAGUGAUGAAGGGCAAGAAUUUCCUGUUGUUCCAGGAGAUGCUGCGCGACGCGGGAGUGGAUGAUCCUCACCUCCUAGAAGAUAUGACAAGAGGCUUUAAGUUGAUUGGAGCGCUACCGCCUUCGGGGCAGUUUCCCAGGAAGCUUAAGCCGGCAAGUCUCGACAUGGAUCAGCUGAAGGCCACGGCCCGGUGGUCAAAGCAUCUGGUGGAGGCAUCAUGCAGGAAAUCCGCGCCCGACUUGGAAGUGUCUAAGGCGGUGUGGGCCGAGACGCUCGAGCAGGUCGAGAAACCUUGGCUGAAAGGACCCUUCACGUGGGACGAGAUCGACAAGAAGUACCAGGGCUGUUGGGUUCCUUCUAAGCGCUUUGGAGUUUCUCAAGCUGACAAGGUGAGGUGUGUUGACGACCUCUCCGAGUUCCUCAUCAACGCAGCGGUCACCGAGACGGAGAGGGUUACCUUGGAGGGGAGUGAGCACAUCGUUUCCUUGGCCCGCUUCUUUCUUGGUGCGACGACCGCGGGGGUUAGCACCUUCCGACUUCCUGCUGCUUCUGGGGACUGGGUAGAUUUGAAAGCCGCCUACAAACAGCUGGCUCGUCACCCUUCUGAUGGGUGGGUGUCCAUUGUGGCGGUCCUCAAUCCAGAGACCAACGUGGUACAUUACUUUGAAGCAGUGGCCUUGCCUUUUGGUGCUGUAAGUGCAGUGACAGGAUUUAACAGAACGGCGCGGGCCCUCCGAAGAGUUCUCUCUACCCUUUUCUUCUUCGUCACGACCAACUUCUACGACGAUUUUUGUCAGCUGGAGUUGGGACCUUUACAGGAUUCUGCCAGGUCUACAGCCGAGGAGGUGUUGGACCUGCUUGGGUGGAAGAUUGCCCAAGGUGCCAAAGCUUUGCCGUUUGCAUCGUCCUUCAACAUGUUGGGAGCUUGCAUUUCCUUCGAAAGAGCCUUCAAGGGGGAUGUACUUGUGCGCAACAAAGAGGGACGUCUUGAAGCCAUCGAGGAGAUCGUUCAUCAGUGCGUAGCAACGAGACGCUGUGAUCAUAAGCAGUUACUUUCCUUGAAGGGCAAGCUGCUGUUUGCGGCGGGGCACGUGUUCGGCAAGUGUGCCCAGAUCGCGGCCCAGCUCAUCUCCCAAAGGGGAAGUGACCGGUCCCACUCCAGAGAGCACCUGGGGGAUCUUUUGAGUUCCUUGCAGUUUGCUUUGGACACCUUGAAAGCUGGAGGACCCAGGUGCGUGGGCGCCUGGUCAAGGCAGCCGCCUGUGGUCAUCUUCACCGAUGGGGCUUGCGAGCAAGAAGGGUCUCUUGUGACGCAUGGAGGUCUUCGGGGAUCACGUACCAGAUUCUCUGGUCGCGCUUUGGAAGCGCGGCGGGAGAAAGCAAGUGAUCUUCUUUGCAGAGAUUUUCCAGUUCUUGUGGCCAAGACCGUUUGGAAGGAGGUGAUACGAGGGCGUCGUGUCUUGUUCUUCUUGGACAACGAAGGUGCCCGCUUUACCUUCAUCCGCUCCUACUCUGCUCAGGUUAACGCCACUUCGCUUUUGAUGCAGUCGGCAAAGCUUGAUGUCGAGUCUGGAGCCUUGGGAUGGUACUGCCGUGAGCCGUCCAAGAGUAAUCCUACAGAUGCCGCCUCACGUCUCGAUUUUGAUUCUUACAAAGAUUGCAAGCGCGUCAAGCCUUCUUACGAGGCCCUUUUGCCAGAGGGCAGUUGA